GGGCGUUUGGCGGUAAAAGUAGAGUCGCUCUUCAGACUUGCAGCGUUCGUUCGUAAACUCACGUGUGUUGCAAAAUAACGACUGUAUCGCAAAGACAGUUGUACAGUUUAGUGAUUAUUUGUGGAUCUUAAGCUAAAUAUAUGUAUUAUUGCUUCUUAUGAUGGUAUUAAUGUGUUGUUUAAAAUAUCUCACAGUUUACACAGACGUGUAAAGUUCAGAACUGGUAACAAAAAAGAAUUGGUUUUAAUCUAGGAAAGUGUUAUUAGAAUCCGUUAGCAAUGACUGGCAAGUUGUCAGCGUGUUUGCGUUUUGUGCUGGUUGUAACAGUCAUCUCUGAACUCGGUGCAUUCCAAGUUGAAGCAGAUUAUGAUAACCACUGGGCCUUCUACUAUGAAUCACCGUGUUGUGGACACCAUCACCUUAGACAUCACAAAGAUCACGUGCGUGAAUUUACCUGUGGCAAGUUGUAUUACCGAACCUUCUAUUUGGACGAAAAGAGGGAUGCCCUUUAUGUUGGAGCUAUGGAUCGUGUGUUCAGGUUAAAUUUGAGCAACAUCAGCCACUCCAACUGUGAG